ACAAAACCAAAGCUUGAUGGAGCCCAACUCGAUAAAGCUUUUGACAUUCAAUGUCUGGGGAUUGAAGUAUGUGUCCAAGUUCCGCAAGGAACGUAUAGCAGGGAUAGUGCACAAGCUUCGCGACCCAUCCGAGGACUACGAUGUCAUCGCCUUGCAGGAGGUAUGGUGUGAAGAAGACUGGCAGUUGAUAGAUCACCAGUUGGCAGAUUUGUAUCCAUAUCGAAGAAGAUUCAAAAGUGGGAUCUUGACGGGUCCCGGAUUGGCCAUUCUCUCCAAGAUCCCUAUCAAGGAGUCCUGGCUCUACCGGUUCCCCGUCAAUGGGUUCCCAUCGGCCGUUCAUAGAGGUGAUUGGUAUGUGGGUAAGAGUUUGUCAGUGACGACUCUCGCCUAUAACAUCGUGGUUUUGAACAGCCAUAUGCAUGCACCAUACGGCUAUACUGGUCCCAACUCCUACACUUGUUCCAGAUCGUGCCAGGCCUGGGAUAUCAGUAAACUCAUCAAUCUCUUGAAUAAAGCCGGGUACCACAUCAUAUUGGUGGGGGACUUGAACUCAAAGCCUGGAUCGUUGCCAAAUAAGUUGUUCACCCAACAGACAAACCUCCAGGACUCGUGGGAACUUUUCAAGAGUUCCAGUGGCCAGUUGUUGACAAACGAAGAGGUUUCGGUGUUGUCGCCCAAAGACCAGAUUUUGAAAGGAGGAGUCACGUGUGACUCCCAGCUCAACUCUUGGAGGGCAAAGAGGCGGUUGGAUGAGGCGUGCCGGCUCGAUUAUGCGCUUAUCAACCAGUCUUUGGGAGUGGUGGAUGCUUCUGUUAAGUUCGUUGAUAGCUUGCCCGAAGUGGGCUGCUCUUACUCGGACCAUUUUGCAUAUUACGUGGAGUUGAAGCUCGGACCCAAGGCAGAGCCCCAGUCCAGCAUAGAUGCCUCCAAGGGCGAUGUGUGGGCGGUUUAUAAGGAGUUUUUGGCGGAAAUCGAGGUGUACAAAACCCAGAUCUUACCCAGCCAUUUCAAAUGGAGAGAGUACCAUUUCUAUGUUUCCAUAGUGGCGAUUCUUGUGCUUAUUGUCGUGAACUCGAUGAGCUUUGGGCCCUGGACGACGGUGAUCUCGGUGUUGUUGCCAAUUGUGUCCAUUACUGGAGUUAUCAACGGGAUGUUUGCGUUAUUGUGGAUGAGAAGCGAGUUGAGGAAUGUGGGAGAAGUCCAGUUGGAGGUGGAAGAUACGUUGCGGGCCUUGGACACACACGAUUUGAUUGACUUGGAGGUGGUGGGAGUGUAAGAGUUGAGGUGACAGUUGGAUGAGCAUCUCUACAAAUAGGCAAGGAGGCCAAAAAACCAUCCAUAUAUAUACGGGUCCCGUGGUGUUCAUGGCACCCAUAGCAAAAUUCUAAUCACCCGCCUACUGAUAAUGCAUAAUAUUUCAUCC